AUGGACAAGUCUCCAGCACACAUUACUGCAGCAAAGCCUGCCAGGCGAGCGACUGGUCUGCCCACAAAAAAAGCAUGCAUCGAGGCCAGACAACGAAAGCGAUUUUACAGAGCUGGCUCGCUCUUCCAACAGAUGCUAUAUAUCUUCCGUGAAGCCGGCUUCGAGCAUCGGUACCACAAAGUCGAGAAGACGAAAGGAGGAAUCCUGCAUGUCUACAAGGGACUCUCACCGGACGACAAAAUUCCGACCCGCUUCCCAGAGCGCAUGAUCUCCGAUGAGCGCGACAAACACGCUUUGCUAGCCUAUCACGCUUGCAACGACCCGGUGACUUAUCUGUACGACCUUAUGGUGAAGGUCUUCAGAGGCACACUCGGAUCGAUCAGGGAAGCACAUAUCGAAGUCCAUGAGGAUCUGGAGCGAGUCGUAGAGCACAUGGUUCCAGAGGAUGGUGAAGCACAAUCAGUCGUCGAUAGCUCCGACGAGGAGGGAUUGAUCUACCAGCAUCAGAUCGUCAUUCCCAAGUUGAAGAACGGCGAAAGAUACGUCCUCGACGCCGCGGGUGCUCAGUACGGUCAAUACCGCGCGGUAAUGCCAUACGAGUCGUAUGAUCAAAGCUUCGUCAAAGAGAACAUUGCAACACUCAAGUUCGGCUCCUUGUUGGCGAAGCUGCGAGCCGCGAUAGCAUUAGCGACUGCCCGUGAUGCGGCUAAUGAUGUCAGAUUAGCUUUUGUAGAAUUCAUGAUGGGAGAGGCGGUGGCUCGCAUCGUGAAGGAGUGGGAGGCCUCUGCCGGUAGCACGAUCUGCGAGAUGCUGGAUGAGCCGCACACGUCGUACUUGGCUUCGAGCACGGCACUGCUAGACUUCGCUCGCAGCGGACUGAUCAGAUAUGUUCAUGAUAGUGAGCUCGAUGGCACGUUCCACUUCGUCCCACCAGAAGGUAUCGCCUAA